CGACCAAGCUGAAAUAUUAUUGCCGUUUAUUUUACAUCUUACACGAAAUAACCGAGAAUAAUUUUUUUCUCCGUGAAUCAGUAUUAAUUCGGUAAUAAUAAAUUAUCAUAUCGUAUUAAACGAUAUCCAACCUAACCGGUUAACGUGAACGUAAUAUCAUAUAUGGUCGUACAUAAAUGUGUAAGACAUUAACACAUUUUCGAUAUUUUUGCCCAAACAAAACAUUUUACAAAAAAUAUGAAUGUUUCAAAUAUUUGCGGAUUCGGCGGAAUACGACAAUUUGUGUAUUUACUAUCUAUUCUACCCGUGUGGCUGUAUGGCUACCCUGUAGGAUCGCACUAUCAAAAAAACCCACGGUUCGGCGGCGAUCGGCGUCCAAAUGGAAUAUUUCGUAUCAAUUGAAUAUUUGCAAACGAAUUUUAAUAAUUUUUUUUUUUUUUAUAUACAACGAUCGAAACGACAUUUGUUUUCAUUUUAUAGUUGACCGUUUUUAUUUCUACUUGAUAGUUCGUUUGAAAUAUACGACUAUUCGAGUUAAUCGCUAGGUGUCUUGGUAAAUUUCGAAUCGAGUACAACAGUUUUUACAAAUUAUAUUAUUAAUAAAGUACCUGUUUUUCGUCAAAUUUAACGUUUCAAAACAUUAAACUUUGCUACAGAAAUUGUCAAUAUAUUUUCGCAGCUAUCAUAUUAAAGACAUUUUUAGUUAUCGUAAAAAUUACCUUAUUUCUACUUUAAUAAAAUGGGUGAUCUAAACAUUUUAGACAAGUCUAUGAGGAGUGUUUUUGUUGGAAAUAUUCCAUAUGAGGCAACCGAAGAAAAGCUAAAAGAUAUAUUUAAUGAAGUAGGACCAGUUAUAUCAUUUAAAUUGGUAUAUGACAGAGAAACUGGUAAACCAAAGGGUUAUGGUUUUUGUGAAUAUAAAGAUCAAGAAACUGCACUAAGUGCCAUGCGUAAUCUCAAUGGCUAUGAAAUUGGAGGUCGUACUCUACGCGUUGACAAUGCUUGUACAGAGAAAUCCAGACUAGAAAUGCAGUCAUUAAUGAUGGGAAUGCCUACUUCUGAAAGUAAUUAUGGUGAUGCUGUUAAUGCAGAAAAAGCACCUGAGAUAAUAAAUAAUGUAGUUUCAACUUUACCACCAGAACAGUUGUUUGAACUUAUGAAACAAAUGAAAGAAUGUAUUCAGAAUAAUCCUGUAGAAGCUAGAAAUAUGUUGCUCCAGAAUCCUCAACUUGGUUAUGCAUUGUUGCAAGCACAAGUUAUAAUGAAAAUUGUGGAUCCAGAAGUCGCUAAAACUAUGUUGCAUCCUGUACAUAAAGUUCCAGCACCACUACACACUCCUAAUACUGCAUCAACUUCAAGAGUUCAGCCAAUGCCUCAAAUACCUAAUAAUGAUAAUAUGGAUUGGCAACAUAGUAAUAUGUAUCGUGGGCAAAGCUCAAGCCAAGAUUUAAGACAGGCACAAAAUCAAAUGCCGUUCCAUCCGCCACCAUCAUCAUUGAUGUCCAAUAAUGAACCUCCUCAGUCAUUUAUGGCUGUAAGAGAUUAUCCACGGCCAUCUGGAGAUGUUUAUAAUAGAGAUCGCAGAACUAAUAAUAGUUAUAUGGCAAUACCACCACCAAUGGUAUCCGAACAACAAGUACCUCCACGAAUGGUUCAGUCUUCUCAAGUUCAACAAGCACCAUCUAAUCAAACUGCUAAAACAUCUGACUCUGAAAAGGCUGCUCUGAUAAUGCAAGUAUUACAAUUAACUGAUGCACAGAUUGCAAAGUUGCCUAACGAACAACGCCAAAGUAUACUUCAACUGAAAGAAAAAAUUUCCAAUUCAAAAAAAAAAGAUUAAAUCUCAUUAAAUUUUUAUUUAAUUUUGUAUACAUUAUUUUCUACUUUGACAUUAAUACUAUUUACAUUUAA